AUAGAUCAAGCAGGAAGAGCACUAUUAUCAGACCGUAGGACGCGUCCUUCGUAGCCUUCCACCGCUAUCGCAACUUGAGCUGAGGGCAUGGCACUCGUUCAACACCACGGCAAGAACCUGCGCAAGCUAGUCCUCUCAAGUCAGGACCGGCAGUGCGUGACUAAGAAGUGCUCAAAAUCGGCCAACAGAGCCCAUUACUAGAAGAUCUUACUCUGACCUUCCGAUGCACCCAGUACGCAAUGGCCAUAUCCGCAGAUUAAUGAUUAACUCUUGCAUCAACCAGCGCCUAGCUCUUUCCAUAAUUCACGCCAUCGCCUCAGCCAAACAGCGGAGACCCUCCCCCGUGAAUAAGCUGACAAUCCGCGUCUGUGGUAAGGGAGUUUCUAGAGACUUUGAAAGUCUUGUUGACAUGUUCUCUGCUCGGUGGGUGGUUGAACGUGAUCCGUGUCCCGACCAUCGGAAAGACAUUCGUGCCACGGAGAGUCAUAUAUCCGAAAGAACGGGUAAGCGACGAAGAGAACAUCUCCAACCAUGGCUGGAGAAGAACUUCUACCGCAUCUGGCCGAAAUACCGCCGACAACUACGAGAAAGUCAAGUAAAAAGCUCCAGCAGAAGAGGGAAAAGGAGAGAAGAGGCGACAAGCGUAUGGUGGCGCCAUUAGGAAAGCUUACCCUUAGCUACUGGCUGAACUCCACCUUUUCUACUCGGAUCCUCCCUUGUACAUAUUGAAUGUAUAUUAUAU